UGUUCUUCUUAAAUAAAAGUCGAAAACGAAAACACAUGUGCUUCCAUAAUUCUAAUAGAAAAUUUUUGAAAAAAUCUAAUAAAAUACAAUUAAAUAAAUAGAAAAUUGUUGAAAAGUGUAAGGAAUUAUGGCGGAUCAUGUAUUUCAUCGGCCUGGGCCGUUAAAACAGGCCAACAAAACCCAUAAAACGGGCAGACAUCGUUCCAAAGGCGCCAUUGAUAUUGCCCUCAAAGGCAAGGUAUCAAAUACAACCAUUAGCCAUAAACACAAGCAAGUCCAGCGUAAGGAACAGAGACGCAAUCAAAUGAAUCAGCUGCGUAAAAACAAACGUGAGGAAGCUUUGGCUGUGAAACGUCAAUUGGGUGGUCAGAACACUGCUCCGUUUUUGGUGUGCUUAUUGCCCAUGCACCUGCAAGUUGAUCCCCGCUCCGCCCUUAGUAUUUUAGAAAAUUGUGAUGAGGAAGCUGUAGUGGAACGCACUGCUUCUGGUGUGACGUAUAUUAAUUUGCCGCGUUUCAAGCAAAGAUUUGCCUUUAUUAUACCUCCCGUAGGUAGGGGCAAUGAGUUGGCCGUAUUGGAUUAUUUAAAAGUAUGUGAUACUACUUUAAUGUUAACCUCUGCUGCUAUGGGCGAAGAUGAAGUUUUCGAUAAGUGGGGACAUCGUAUUUACAAUAUGAUCUCGGCUCAAACUAUACCAACACCUGUGGUAGCUUUAAUGGAUUUGGAAUCCCUUAAUCCUAAACGACGUUCAGCUGCAAAAGCGGCAGCUCAGAAAUUCAUUUCUAAAUUGCUGCCUAAAGAGAAAAUAAUGCAAUUGGAUACAAACCCAGAAGGUUUAAAUGUGAUGAGACGUAUUGGUGGCCAAAAGAAAAAUAUUGUUUAUAAUCGCAACAAUCGUCCCCAUCUAUUUGGUGAUCAUGUGGAAUUUAUACCCAAUCCCAACCCUGCCGAAGAUGAAGGUUUACUAAAAGUUACCGGAUUUUUGCGUGGUACUCCUUUAGAUGUAAAUGGUUUAGUGCAUAUUGCUGGUCUGGGUGAUUUCCAAAUGUCGCAAAUUGAUGCUCCUCAGGAUCCUUAUAAACUAGAUAAAUCACGUAAUCAAGAAAUGUUACCCGAAGUACGUGUAGUGGCUAAGGCAGAUCCCAAUAAACAAACCUCUUUACAAACCGAAAAUAUACCAGAUCCCAUGGAUGCUGAACAGACUUGGCCAACGGAAGAAGAAAUUGCCCAAUCUCAAUUGGAAACCAAGAAAAUGAAAUUGAUUAAACGUGUUCCUAAGGGUUACAGUGCUUAUCAGGCCGCUUGGAUUCCCGACGUAGAAACGGUAGAGGCUGAUGAUGAUGACAAUGAAGAUGAGGAUAUGGAUGAUGAUGAUGAGGAGGAUGAUGAUGACGAAGAUAAUGAUGAAGAUGAAUUCAUGUCGUGUGAAAACAAAUCAUUUGAUGGUGAAUUUGAAAAACCUGAAUCCGACACGGAGGAAUAUGUGGACACCGCCUCUGUAUCAGAUGCUGCUAUAAAUGAUGAAAAAUAUGAUUUACAAAUGGACUUCCAUGAAGAACGUGAAACUAUGAAAAAACUUAAGGAGGCACGUAUUGAUGAAAUGUGGCCCGAUGAAAUCGAUACACCUUUAGAUGUGCCAGCUCGCACAAGAUUCCAAAAGUUUAGAGGAUUGGAAUCAUUCAGAACUUCUCCUUGGGAUCCCAAAGAAAAUUUACCCAGUGAUUAUGCACGCAUUUAUCAAUUUCAAAAUUUCGAUCGUACCAAACGGCGUAUCAUCAAUGAAGCCAAAGAGAUCGAUGGCGCAGUGCCUGGAUGGUAUAUUACCAUUCAUGUGGCCAAUGUACCAGCCAGCAAAUGGACUGCUUUCAAAUCGGCCCAACAAACUGAUAAUGUUAUAGUUUAUGGCAUAUUGCCACACGAGCAUCAAAUGUCCGUCAUGAAUGUGGUGCUGAAACGUAUGCCCGAUUCGGAAAUGCCCAUUAAAUCAAAAGAAAGACUUAUUAUACAAUGCGGCUAUAGAAGAUUUGUAGUGAAUCCCAUAUUCAGUCAGCAUACAAAUGGUGAUAAACACAAGUUUGAACGUUACUUUAGACCUCACACCACUGUCUGUGCCACAUUUUAUGCUCCCAUACAAUUUCCUCCUGCCCCAGUGUUGGCUUUUAAGACAAAUCCUGAUUCUACUCUAGCUAUGGUAGCCAGAGGUUGUUUGCUUUCUUGCAAUCCAGAUCGUAUUAUUUUGAAACGUGUUGUUUUAAGUGGUCAUCCCAUGCGUAUUAAUCGUAAAUCGGCCACCAUACGUUACAUGUUCUUCAACAAAGAGGAUGUCGAUUACUUUAAACCCGUUAAACUACGCACCAAGUGUGGACGUUUGGGUCACAUUAAAGAAUCUUUGGGUACUCAUGGUCAUAUGAAGUGCUACUUUGAUGGUCAAUUACGUUCUUAUGACACAGUCUUUAUGUAUCUCUUCAAGCGUGUCUAUCCCAAAUGGACAUAUGAUGAUUGUUUAAUAACCUGUGAAGAUGAUAAGGCUGUGGAGGCCAUGCAGGAAUAAAUGGAUUCUUAUAAAUAGUGUUUUAUAUGUAUAUUAAAAAUACAACAAAUUCUCUGAUUUUCGGUCAAUGUAUAAAUUAAAUAACAUUUUUAUUAUUGUUAAUAAAAACUAAAAAACAAAAAAAAA